UUCCGAGUGGUCCCUGAACGCAGCGCAGAGCUACACUUCCUGUCAGCAGGAAGUUUCCUCGUCCUCGCCGACCCGCCGUGUUUUCAUACGGCUCUGCGCCAACCGGACAGAGAACCGCUCGGAGGCUGAAGCUGUUCUGGUCCGGCCAUGACCCAGCAGGAGCAGCAGGAGUUCGCAGCCCGCUUGAAGGAGGCCCUCGCUUGGAUGAAGGCCGUCCAAGAGCAGCUUAAUGCAAACGACAACACGGCGGGGCCCCGAGAUGCCCUGGAGGCCCGACUUAGGGCGACCGAGAAAAUCCAUCAUUCUGAGCACAACGGUCAGAUGAAAGUGGACCAGGUGCUGAUGGCAGCGGAGAACCUUCUGCAGAGCGGAGAUGAGGAGCUGAGGAACAGCACCAACAGUAAACUGAAGGAGCUAAAGAACCAGUGGGAGGAAACCACCACCCACAUCGUCCACUGUCACAGCCGCAUCGAGUGGGUGUGGCUCCACUGGAGCGAGUACCUGAAGGCGUACGAGGAGUUUGAGCUGUGGCUCGCCAAGCAACAGCGCAGCCUGGACCUGGACGUGGAGCUGCAGCUGGGCCUGAAGGAGAAGCUGUGGCAGCUGGACCAGCAGCGGGUGGCGGUGAGCGACGUCAAAAGCCAGGUGGCGCUGUUGGAGCGGCUGCUGGACGAGGCGGCCGCGCUGCACAGCAGAACCGGGGAUCCCAGCGUGGACGCGCUGGCCCGGCAGAAGCUGGAGGAGGACUACAACGAUGUCCGGGACCGAGCCCAGGAGCGUCUGACGCUGCUGGAGAAGAUCAGCGAUGAGCACCAGAAGUUCCACAACGAGGUUCAGAAGUUCCAGUCCUGGCUGGUGUCUAAAACCAGAGACCUGACGGAGCUGAUGAAGCCGGGCGACACGCCUGAGAACAAGCUGCAGGCGCUGGAGACUCUGGACGAAAGCGUGGACUGCGGGGAGGAGACCCUGAAGCAGAUCGAACGCGUGGCAGACUCCGUCAGAGCCAACACGUCUCCCGCCGGAGCCGAGGCGGUGCAGGAGGAGGCCGAGGAGCUGCGGGUGGGCUGGCAGCGCCUCCGGCAGGCUCUCUCUGAGGCCAGGGAGGGUCUUCACUACAGCCAGGACUCCCACAGUCAGUACCUGACCCGGUGCCAGCGGCUGGGGGAGGAGAUCGGCCGGAUCAGGGAGCUGCUGUCGGGCCUGGACCAGGAGCUGGAGGACACCCAGGAGUCCAAGAGGUGUUCGGCGACCACCGAGGAGGAGAUGGAGGGACAAUUCAGGAGAUACUGGGAUGUGAAGAACACUCUGGCAGGGAAAGAGUCUCAGGUGGAGCUGCUGAAGUCUCAGCUGAAGGAGCUGUUCAGGUUCUCCGAGGACUCUCGUCACCUUUCAGACGACGUCCUGGCUGUCGUUAAAGAGCAUCAGAGUGUGAAGUGCCGAGCUUCCAGACUCUGUUCACAGUCAGAGAUGGAGCUGAGGAGCCUCCUGCAGGACCCCCUGCUGAACUUCUCCCAGUGGGCCAACAGCGUCUCUCAGGUGACGGAGGCAUCCAACAACGUCAGCGACUUCUCCCACACGGCCAUGCUGCUGCACAAGAUCCAGGGUCUCCUGGAGAGCAGCGUCCAGCUGCAGGAUCGUCUCCGCCAGCUGGAGGUGAAAGGGGACCUGCUGGACUCUGUGUUCGGUCCUGAAAGGUCUGACGACCUUCGGGUGAAACUGAGCUCCGCCAUCAGGACCAGAGAGCUGCUGCACAAUCAGCUGCUGGAGAGGAAGAACCGGCUGCAGAACCUAAUCUCCAGAACCAAAGACUUUGACGAAUCGUACCAGCUGAUCCUCACCAAGUUGUCGGGGUUCCGGGAGCGACUGCUGGCUGCAGAUGCUCUUCAACCAGACAUCCUGGCCAAGAAGAGCCAGCUGGACCAGAUGCUGGCUCUACAGAAGGAGCUGGAGGAUGGCAGGGCCCAACUGACGGUUCUGGAGACGCUGGUUUCCUCCGGCCAGAGCAACAGGACUCAGUACGAGAAGCUGUGCGCUGACUGGACCGAGCUUCACAGGAGAGUGAUGGUCAAAGUUCAGGACUGCGAGGAGAUCGUCUCGGACCACGAGAGUUUCCAGAGCGAGCUUCUGCACACGGAGAAGUGGAUGAUGGUCAUGAGGCAGAAGCUGGAGUCAUUCCGCAGCUCGGCGGGAGUCUGGAGCGUGGAGGGACGCCGAGCCGAGGCCCAGAGACUCCUGGGAGAGUUUCCUGAGAAGGAGCUCCAGGUGCAGCAGAUGGAGGUUCAGGUGCUGAGGGUCCUGGAGAAAACCUCAGUGGACGGGCAGGUCCACAUUCAGAAAGACAUGGAGCGGCUCAAGGAGCGCUGGAUCGAGCUGUGUAGCUUGAGCCUGACUCUGGACGGGCUGCUGGCCGGCUCCUCUGAGACGGCCUUUGGACCACAGGAGAGAUUUCAACCGGAUCUUCCCCUCUCAGUACAGACAGACCCGACUGAUGAACCAGAGGGCCUCAGACAGAGGACCCCAGGAGGAGAUGAAGAUAACAGAAGAGGCAGCAGAAUCGACUGCAGUGAGUUUGAGGCCUGGCUGUCCAGGGAGUAUAAUAUUCUGAUGGGCUUAGUUAGAACCAGGAAGAAGGCCCACAGUGCUGAGGAGGUCCGAUCCAGACAGAAAACCCUGCAGGUUUUGAGAGGCAGACUGCCUGAAGGUCAGCAGUUGCUUCGUCUGCUGGUCCAGCAGGCUCAGAAAAAUCCGGAUGUAGAUGAAUCUCUGGAGGACCUUCGGUACAGAUGGCUUCUCUACAAAUCAAAGCUGAAACAGGAGGAAGACGUCAUGAUAGCUGAAGACACCAAGAGAGAAGACGAUUUCAAGGGAAGAACAGAAAAGAAACCGGGGCUGCUGCGGAGGAUCUGUCGUCUGGCUCUCCUUCUGUGGCUCCUCUUCCUCGCCCUGCUGCUCCUCGCCUUCCUGUUGCCGCUCAUGGACGACGGAAACAGCUGCUCCCUGUCCAACAACUUCGCCCGAUCCUUCAGCGUCAUGCUGCGCUACGACGGGCCUCCUCCCACAUAAGAGCCAGAAGGGUGACCGGCGUCUCUGAGCAAAGACCCCGACUGGAAAACUGGACCUAUGCUCAGCGCGAAUGAAGUCUCUGCUGCCUUUUGCUGCUUUCUCCUGAUUUUACCUUGAUAUUACCAAACAUAAAGCGUACGGUUUUACAGCAGUGUGUCAGGCUGGCCACACCCACCACAGCUCACCUGGUUGCAGGUGAUCCUGCUUAGGAUGCUGGUUAGGCUACAGCGCCACCACAUUAAAGCCUGAUGAGCUGAACCUCAUCGUCUGAUGCAGGAAUCCAGCAGAACAGUGACGCGUCAGUCAUGUGAACACUUGAUGUAAGCUUAACAUAAGAUGAAGUUUUAGUUAUUUUAUUGUUUUAUAAUCAUCUGUAACCGCGGAAGGCUUUUUGUUUAUUUAACUCGUUUCUGAUUCGGUUAUAAAGAAGUAUUCUGACCUGGGA